GUGUGCAUGAACAGCCUCAGUAGGGAAUUGGGGCUGCUUGGCACCGGGCGGAGUUCUCCCCGCCGAUGCAUCGGCUUCGCUCAUGGCCUUGCUGCCGGCCUCAGCGCGAGUCCGCAGCGGCCUCUCUACGGCUCGGUGGACAUAAACAGCCGGGUGCUGACCAUGUCCACGAAUCUACUCAAGUCAAGUGGUAGCUCCGAGUUGCGUGUGGCCAGCAUACAAAUCCAGGUCGCCUGGACAUUGAUCGGCGGCCUCAUGUCGCUUGGGCCCAACUUCGUCAAGAUCCAUCUCUCGCAGCUUCUGCUUCUAUGGAAAAACGCCUUGCCAAAGGUCCUAGCAAAGGAUAACUCCAUCCACAGGAACUAUCUGAACGCGUCUUUUUUGACACAUGUCCGAGAGUGCGCUCUUGGUUCUAUCCUGGCGUUCCUCGAAUUCAACAGUCGCCUCCUGACAGUCGAUGUGUCCAAGCGGAUUGCCACGAUGCUGCAGAGCACAACGGCCUUCCUCAAAACACUACCGUCGAGAAAGACAGCAGAGGAUAUCAGCGAGAGGUUGACGCCGUCCUUGCAACUACAGGAUCUAGAGACCAUGGUGCAGCGGAGAGUGCUCCAGUGCUACACGAAGCUGGUCAACAUAAGUCCGCCUGGCGGCACCGAGGCUCUCCUGCAAUCCAACCUUCUCACUCUAGCCAUCUCGCUAUUUGCUGACCCGGAUAACUACACGCCCAGCUCGCUCAGCGCAUCAAUCGCCAAUACGGCCGGCACCUUUGAGUCAGUCUGGGAUGUAGGUGACAAUUCCGGGUUUGGUGUGACGGGCCUUGUACGGGGCUUCAACAUCAGACCGCUUCCAGGACAGCACGAAAGCUCUAUGGAUCGCACUCCUUCCGGGCGCGAGGGGGCCGAGGAGCAAAUCGAAAGGCUCCUGCUCUCGCCCAUCUGCGGCACGCUCGAGCAUGACGCAUCUAUCCUCUACAUCGGCAGCGCGGACGGACCGAGUCUACCUGAUCCUGCGGCUACUGAGGUGGUCAACAUGGCGAUCCAACUUUUCGCCUUCGUCUUUCCGCUCACGCCGCCCAAGGUCCAGGAGAGCGUGCUGGAGCAGGUCACUACGUUUGUUGCAGCUGGGUCGUUGCAGCGGGAUCCCGGUCGCAAGGCCGCCAUCAACGUGAACGUUGCCACUGCUCUCCUCUCGAUCCUGCGGGUAGCGGUCAAGGAGACAAAGUCGCCUCCGGGGGACGUGACCAACGCGGCCGUCGAGAAACUCAUACAGGAGUUGCUCCGGGAUUUCGUGCUGGAUCGCGACCAGUAUGUCCGGAGCAUUGCAUACGAGGCGAUUGCUCGGCUUUGCGGCACUUGCGGCAAUGCUUUCACAAACCAGGAGAUUAAGUACCUCGUCGAUACCAUUGUCGUCAACCGAGAACCUAGUGCGAGAGCGGGCUGUGCGAUGGCUCUUGGGACCAUCCAGGCCAAGAUCGGCAGCAUGGCGGCCGGAUACCAUCUGAAGACCAUCCUCAACAUCCUCCUGUCCCUGUGCAAUGACCCACAUCCUACCGUCCACUACUGGGCGCUGGAAGCGGUCGCGCGGGUCUCGGACGCGUCCGGGCUCGGAUUCGCAAACUACGUUUCGGCGACACUGGGAAUGCUCGCCAACCUCUACUUCUCGGAGACCCACAACCCCGAAGUGGCCUUGCCGGCUACCAUGAACCUCGAGGUAGAGUCUUCGACGUCAGCAGCCAUCGCGCACUGCAUUGACUCGCUCAUCAAUGUCCUCGGCCCUGAUCUCCAAGACGCCACCAAGUCAAGAGAGUUGAUCCUCACGCUCGUCGGGUAUUUCCAGCAGGAAGACGACAUAGAGGUGCAAAAGGCCAGUCUCGUCUGUCUGGAGCAUCUCUCGUUGUACGCGCCGGGAUAUAUGAACUUUGCGGAGUACGUCAAGACGCUGCAAAGCUAUCUCAACUCCGAGCACACCGUGCUGCGUGAUGUUGCCGUGGACGGGCUGCACAACUUGAUGAAGAGGAACCCCUACGACGUCAUUGAGGCAGCAGAGAAGGGGUUCGAAGACCAGCUGUGGCUCGUACUCGAUUCAGAUCCCGGACACGAAGGCAUGCGCAACACCAUCCGGAACUGGAUGCGACAGACUUGUCUUGCGAACGCAGCUGCUUGGCUUGCACGCUUCCAGCAUGUCCUCAAGAUGACGAGGCCUAAGGAGACGGUUAAGGACACGGCCAAGACCAAGAAAGCCACUACCGGCAUCGACCUCCAAGACGAAGAAGUCGCCGGGUUUGCGGCUGCGGCAGGCGGUGUCAAGGACGAGAAGGAUACUCCGAGCGGCUCGGAUGUCGAGCCUCUGCGGUGGCAGGUUAGCACCUUUGCUAUGGACUGCCUGCACGACAUCUUCAUUCUCGUUGCCAAGGACGUCACUACCAACGGCGAGUCCGCCGCCCAGGCCGCGCUGCAGAGCAAGAUCGCCGACGUCGUUCGAAUGGCUUUCUCGGCCUCGACGUCCGGAGUCGUUGAGCAGAGGAUAUGGGGGUUGAAAAUCAUUGGUGCCGUGCUGAAGAUGUUUGGGAAGACGCCAGACCCGGACUUUGAGGAAGCGAUGUUGCUUGAGCAGUACCAGGCCCAGAUCAGCUCGGCCCUCACGCCCGCGUUUGCCGCCGACUCUUCCCCUGAGCUGGCCGCCGAAGCCGUCAAUGUCUGCGCCGGCUUCAUCGCGACGGGCAUUGUCACGGACGUUGACAGGAUGGGCAGAAUCCUGAAGACCUUGGUCAGCUCGCUGGAGAACUUCAGGACCGAAGAUGAAAAUGCCGGCAUUGGCGACCUAAAGGGGCUGAGCUCGAAUGCCCGGGUCAUGGUCAAGAUGGCCGUGUUCGGCGCGUGGGCCGAGCUGCAGGUUGCGAGCACGGAGCAGAAGUAUCUGCUCGAUGUCCUCAAACCACACAUCGGGACGCUGACUCCGCUCUGGCUGGAAUCACUCCGGGAAUUUGCGCGGCUGCGGUUCGAGCCCGACAUCUCCAUGACGCUGGGGCCGCCCUCUCUGUCUGGCAGCUUGGAUACAGUUUACGCAGCUCUGAACAGGGAGACGCAGCUCAAGUUCUACCAAGAUUCGUGGCUGAAGCUGGUCGAUGCCAUUGCCAGUCUCAUUGGGCAGGACAGCGAGUUCGUCUUCGACGCGCUCGACGGCAAGGAAGUCUCGGGCCCCAGUACCAGCGGCGGAGCCAAGGGCCCCGACAUCAAUUACCGGGAUGAGCCAGUCGCCUUCUUCUUCGUGCUCUUCGGCAUCGCAUUCGAGGCUCUCGCGACCAAACCCGGGCAGAGCGAGUCACUCGCAACCCAAGAGCAGACGCUCGCCAUCCUCAACGCACUGAAGAAGAUCCUGCACCCAAGCGUGUCUGGCCAAGCAAUCUACCGGGAGGCUAUCUUCUCCGAGACAAUGGACCUUCUGGACCGCCUCGUGCUUACCGAAGGGCUCGACAUCCAGGGCGUGAUAGUCGAGAUUGCAAGGAACCUGUGCCUCGCUCAUCCCGCGGCAAGGAAACAAGAGGAAGCCGACAACAACGAGCUGUCCGAAGAUAUCGAGCAGCUCUUUGAACUCACUCGCAUCAUUGUCCUGGUCCUCUCCGGGCUCCUGCCGAAUCUCAGCGAAAGCCCGCAGCCCACACGCCACCAGAUGACCGAGGAAGCGGUGCUACUCAUCAAGACAGCACUCAACGCACUGGUCGACGCGGCAGAGGUAUUCCCCGCCAUCAUCAAGACAGACCUCUACGCCUGCAUCAUCCACAUCUUCGCCACCAUCCUCGCCACGCCUUUCUGCCAGGAGGUGAUCGUGCCUCAGUCCCUGCCCACUCUGAAGCGGUUCAUCACGAGCAUGUCCAAUUCCAGAAAGGCUUCCGAAGGAGCCGAUUCGCAGGCCGACACCCAGUUACUGGGCUGCCUGCGACGGAUCUUGUCUAUCUACCUGCAUGCCCAGAAGCGGGACGCCCCGACAUCGCUCACAUGCGUCAAGAACUGUCUGUUGGCGCUUACGAUCCUCUUCACUGGUGGGACAAACCACCUGUCGGCCAGCGAGCCUCUCGUGGAACGUUUCGUCGAUGAGGUCCUUGAUUGUCUCACGGAUCGCAUGACCGCUAAGAUCGCCGCCAACUGCAUCCGCUCCCUCCUCCUCCAGUCCAACCCCACGCUGGCCGACCAGUCCAUAGCACGCCAUCUCUUCCCGCGGCUCAUCGCCUUCGUCACCAACACGGAUCCGGAAGACCCCGAAAACGCCCGGGCGCUCGUGGCGCACGCGCUCUGCCAGUAUGUGGCCACGCUCUCCAAGGACCACACGCCCAUUGCGAUGGCCAUCGUGCUGCCGACGCUGCUGGCCCGCGCGUUGAGUGAAGGGCAGGAGGUGUAUCGCGAGACGAGCGCGCGGUUGUUGGAGCUGGCGUCGACGGACCAGAGUGCGUUCCGCGGUGUUCUGGCGGGGAUGAGCGAGGGCCAGAGGGGGUUCUUGGAAGAGGUGAUCAAGAGCGGGAGGCAGGAGGACGGCAAGGUACAGAGGGCUGCUGGAGAGGCAAGGGAGCCGACGAUUGCACUGAAGAUGGAUUUUGGCGGGUGAGAGACUUAGAACACGGUGGGUGGAAGAACGAUAGAAGGGUUCAUGCUCAUGCUGCCAUAUAUAUAGGUAUCUAGACGCUUUAUGACGAAAUCAUGGAUGA